AUGUACCUCCCCACACUCUCCCUCGCCCUCGCCCUCGCCGCCGGGCUCGCCGUGGCGCUGCCGACGCUGCAGGACCUGGGCCCCAACUACCUGGCCGGCGGCCCGUCGGGCCACGACGUGGAGAUCGUGGGCCUGGCGUUCGCGGGGUCGGGGUGCCCGGCGGGUUCCGUGUCGGGCCAGCUGUCGACGGACCUGACGACCAUCACGCUGCUGUACGCCAGCUUCGUGGCGCAGGCCGGCAAGGACAUCCCCGCCAGCAACUACCGCAAGAACUGCCAGCUCAACGUCAAGCUGCGCUACCCGUCCGGCUGGCAGUUCUCCGUCUUCAAGGCCGACUACCGCGGCUACGCCCAGAUCCCCAAGGGCGACACCGGGACCUGCAAGGCCACGUACUAUUUCUCGGGCGACUCCAAGCAGGCACGUCUUCCUCGUCACUUGUCGUCCCUCUGUGUCUCCAGCACGCUGACCAUCAAGGGCCCGUACGACGACAACUACCUCAAGACGGACCAGUUCGGCAUCGAGAGCACCGUGUGGUCGCCGUGCGGCGUCGAGGGCCUGAUCAACAUCAACUCCGAGGUCCGGCUGACGCCCCAGGACGCCGUCAAGCCGGCCCUGCUGACGGUGGACUCGACCGAUCUCAAAUUCACGCAGGUCCACUACCUGCAGUGGCAGACUUGCAAGAAGUAA